UCCGGGUAAUUUUCUAACAGUAAUCCAGCGAUACGGUAGAACCCACUACCUAAAAGUGACAACGAUAAGUAGAUAAGAACCUCACUCCUCAAUACUCUCCCCUCCAAGCCGAAAGCGAUCACAAACUAACCUCAUUUCUCAUCUCACUCUCACCAUCAAUUUCUUCAUAAUUCUCCACGCAAUUGCAGAAACUAAUUCUCGAAUCAGACAAACUCUCCUCCAAAAACAAUCAUGAUCAUUUCACCAUCAACCUCAUAAUUGCUGGUACUAUACUAGUACUACUACUACUAUUCUACUAUCUCCAUAAAUAAAUCAUAAAAAACUCAUUAUUAUUAUUAUUAUUAUUAUUAUUAUUAUUAUUAUUACUAUUAUCAACAAUGGAGCAUCCUUUCUUCAACGAUUGCACUUUCUCUUCCGCUAACCCUUCUUUAUCAGAAAUUUGGCCUCACUUCCCAUCCCAAAACAAACGAAACCACUCCCUCUCGGAAAAUCACUCUACCACUAAGCAUAGAAAACCAGCACCACCAAACAACGAUCAAAACGCUGCGUUUAAACCCGAACCAAACGCAAUUUCAGCAAACAAACAACAACAACAGAAUCAGAAACCUUUUUCUGAACUGUCACCGUCACCGUCACCGUCACCGUCACCGCCGCCGAAGCCGAAGCCGAAGCAAGAUUACAUUCACGUUAGAGCCAGAAGAGGCCAAGCCACCGAUAGUCACAGUCUCGCUGAAAGAGCGAGAAGAGAAAAGAUUAGUGAGAGAAUGAAAAUUCUACAAGAUUUAGUUCCGGGAUGUAACAAGGUAAUUGGUAAAGCACUUGUGCUUGAUGAGAUAAUCAAUUAUAUUCAAUCACUACAACAUCAAGUUGAGUUCCUUUCAAUGAAGCUUGAAGCAGUUAAUUCAAGAUUGAAUAUGCAACCUUCUAUUGAAUGUUUCCCUUUAAAAGAUGUUGGUGCUCAGCCAUUGGAUCUUUCUGGAAUAGUAUUUGGAUCGCAAGCAGGAAGGGGCUAUGCUCAGGGAUCACAGCCAGGAUGGCUACAUAUGCAGCUAGCUGGUGGUUUAGAUAAAACAUCGUAACAAAAGGACGAUUCGUCGAGUAUGACACUGCAAUCAGUAUGGUUUGUUUUUCAUUUAAAAAUACGAAAAUUAAUAGGGGUUUGUUACCGUGCUCUAUUGACGAUCUAGUUAUUGUGUAGAACAUUGUACGACAUCAUUUGUAAAAAAUACAUAUAAUCUCGAUUUGCAUUAUCAAUAUGGUAGCAAUUGAAAUAAUCUUAUUGUUGUUUUGAUUUGAAAACUAUGCUCAUCUGCUGUGAUCAUAUGUAACUGUUAGUAUAUGUAUUCAUUCGGGUAUGAAAGUUACCCCUUGUUAGGAAAUUUGAGUCAUUGUAAGAAUCAGAUUAUUAAUAAAUAUGUAUCAGAUUUCUGUA